AGAUAAAUUUAAACUCGACACCUUAAAAUUAUAAGACUAAACUCUUCCCCUGGCUACUGCAUCAAAUGUAAAUGAAGAGAUAUAUGUUGAUAAGGAGUUUUGGCUAAUAUUUCUUUCAUAAAAAUAUGUUGUUUCUUGACUUUAAUAUAUUAUUAUUAUUGUGGUUUGAAAGAAAAGGGUAAUAACAUUAGCUUAAUAAACCUUCAAAAAGGAGAUAUUAUUGGCUCAAAACUAUUAUAUACUUUGACUGGCAAGGAAAGAUAGACAUUAAAACAUGAAAUAAAAAACCUUGUGACCAAAAUGAACCAUAUGUUUCUUCUUUGUAGUGUCUACAACUCCCUAACUAACCUAGUAAGUAAUUAACCAAUUCUGUCUUAAACAAAUUUCCUACUCCGUCUCUUUUGGAUCAUUGAUAAUUUCCAUCUUUCUAAAUUAAGAACAAAAUUUCUUUCUCUCCCUUCACGUGUACCUUACUUCACUCAAAAUACACUCUCUUUUCUCUAUCAAUUUCACUCUCACUCACUCACCUUGUUCAUGAUUAACAAAAAUCAAAUAAUCUUAUGGCAAUUUCUAACAAGUCACGUAGCAAUAGAAGACCCUCAUCAACAUCUUACACAUCAACCUUAACCACAUUAGUCUUUAUUGUAUUAUGUGUCUUAGGUGUGUGGAUGCUAACAUCAAACAAUGGUGUUUCACCUAAAACUUUAGCACGUUCAGCUGUUGAUAAUUUUUCUUCCAAUGAUGAUCAAAUUGAUCAAACCACCGCCACUACCAACAACGACGAUAACAACAGCAACAACAAUAAUAAUUCAGAGGAUUCAACAUCAGAAACCACAAACAACAACCUCAUCAGCAAAUCAGAUGAUUCAACAUCAGAAACUACAAACAACAACAACAAAAACACCGAUGAUUCAACAUCAUCAGAAACCACUAACAACGAUAAAAACUCUGGUGAAUCAACAUCUGAAACCACGAACAACGACAAAAACUCGGGUGAAUCAACAUCUGAAACUAACACAAAGAGCCAAGAUCAAAAGGAUACUACUAUCGCUGCCGUUGUUGCCGCCGCUGCUACUACCGCUACUACUGUGUAUGGAGACAAUCCUGGUAAUCUUCCUGAUGAUGCUAUCAAAAACGAUGUUGUUAAUACAAACAACAAUGAACAACCAAAACAAGAUCAUAAAAGUUCAUCUUCUCAAAAACAGAAACAGAAAAAACCAAACAAUGAUAAAAAAAUUGCUGUUUCUGAGAAAGAUGAACAAAGUACUCAAUUGCCUGAAGAAAACAAUGCAAAGGGUGAUCAACCACAAGAAGUUCAGAGUUUCAAUACUAAUGAACAAGGGUCUAAGAACAGUGAAGAUGGAGCGAAUGAACAACAGUUAAAAGAAGACAAAAGCGAAAAUGAGAACAUCGAAAAAGAACAAAAGAAAAUGUCCAAAGAGGAACCAAAAGAACAAGAAAAUGCGAGUCAGGAGGAAACCGUAGAGAAGCCGAAACAAGAGAAGAAGAGGAGGAAGUCGAAGAAGGAAUCGAAGAAGCAAUGGUCGACACAAGCAGAUGAGUCUAAGGGAGAAAAAGAGAGACAAAAUAACAAUGAAUCAGGUAGCAGCAGUAGUGGUGUUGUUGAUCAAGAAGGGCAAGAUUUGAAGUGGAGUAUCUGUAAUGUCACAGCUGGUGCUGACUAUAUUCCAUGUUUGGACAAUGAAAAAUAUCUAAAGACUUCACAUAGAAAACACUAUGAACAUAGAGAGAGGCAUUGCCCUGAGGAUGCACCAACUUGUCUUGUUUCACUUCCUAAAGGAUACAAAACACAUGUUCCAUGGCCCGGUAGUAGAGAUAAGAUAUGGUACCACAAUGUACCACACAUUAAGCUAGCUGAGGUGAAGGGACACCAAAAUUGGGUGAAGUUGAUGGGUGAGUUCUUGACAUUCCCUGGUGGCGGCACUCAGUUCAUCCAUGGUGCUCUCCAUUAUAUUGAUUUUCUUCAAAAGGCUGAGCCUAGUAUUGAAUGGGGGAAGCAUACAAGGGUGAUAUUAGAUGUUGGCUGUGGAGUUGGUAGUUUUGGAGGUUACCUAUUUGAAAGAGAUGUUAUUGCUAUGUCUUUUGCCCCAAAAGAUGAGCAUGAAGCACAAGUGCAGUUUGCACUUGAGAGAGGGAUACCAGCCAUAUCUUCUGUCAUGGGUACUCAAAGGUUGCAAUUCCCCAGCCACGUCUUUGAUCUUAUACAUUGUGCGCGCUGUCGAGUACCUUGGCAUGAAGAUGGUGGCUUGUUGCUUUUGGAAUUGAACCGUGUUCUUCGACCAGGUGGUCUUUUUGUAUGGUCUGCCACUCCUGUAUACCAGACUCUUGACGAAGAUGUGGAGAUAUGGAAACAAAUGUCGGCGUUAACUAAGCAAAUGUGCUGGGAUCUUGUGACGAUAAAAAACGAUACUCUGAAUAAAGUUGGUGCUGCCUUCUUCAGAAAAACCACUUCCAAUGAAUGUUAUGAGCAGAGGGAACAAAGCCAACCUCCAAUGUGCAAAGAUGAUGAUGAUCCAAAUGCUGCCUGGUAUGUACCUCUACAAGCUUGCAUGCACAAGUUGCCUGCUGCCGAGACCGAGAGAGGAGCUAAAUGGCCUGAUGCUUGGCCUGAAAGACUGCAGAAAGCCCCAUAUUGGUUAAACAAUGAACAGGGUGAAAAACCAUCUUCUAAAUUUUUUACAGCUGAUGCAGAACGUUGGAACUACAAUGUUGUAGAUGAGCUUACCAACAUGGGUGUUGGUUGGUCAGACGUGAGAAAUGUCAUGGACAUGAGAGCUACAUAUGGAGGAUUUGCAGCAGCUUUGAAGGAUCUACCUGUAUGGGUAUUUAAUGUGGUGAAUGUAGAUUCUGCAGACACACUUCCUAUCAUCUUUGAGCGAGGUCUUUUUGGAAUAUAUCAUGAUUGGUGUGAAUCCUUCAGCACAUAUCCACGAACUUAUGAUCUACUGCAUGCAGAUCAUCUUUUCUCAAAUCUAAAGAACAGGUGCAAACUAGUUCCUGUUAUAGCAGAGGUUGAUAGAAUACUUAGACCAGGAGGUUAUAUGGUUGUCCGCGAUGAACUUAGUGUAAUUGAUGAAGUAGAGAAUUUGUUGAAAUCUCUUAAUUGGGAAGUAACCUCCAAAACCUCCAAAAACACAGAGGGGGUGCUCUCUGCAAAGAAAGGCUACUGGCGACCCGACUCUUAAUGUUCAAUCUAAGAUUAAUGGUAUUUUCAAACAAGCAGAACACAUUCAGUGACAUGGGUUUCAAUCUGUCAUAGACCUUCAAUGGUACAAAUAGUUGUCCUGAAAACAUUAUAGCCUUCAUUUGAUGUAUAUCAUUCAAGUAGUAUGCCAAAACCUAGAUGUAGGCCAAGAUGCUGUAGAAUUUGUAGUUUGUUAAUUUGAAAUGUGGUCCAAUAAUUAUGAGAUUCACCAUUAGUUAUUUGUGCCAAUAUUGACAUUAGUUCCACUUGAAAACUGUGGGAGGCUUUUUGGAUAGCAUCAUGCCAAGCAAAAGGGGUUAGAUGGUGCAAAACAAUAAUGAGACAAUUUUUAUUUGGUAACUUCAAAUAUUGUAAGAGUUCCCGAACCCCAAGAACUAUACGAGUUCUAAGGAACUAAAAACUCUCAUUUUUAUAUAAGCAUUGACAAGGGCAUCCUCUUAACCCAUAAGUAAUGAGCCAGGGAAAGAAGUAUGCAAUGCUAAAACAAAAUUGCAC